AAACAGCGUUCAGUUCCGAAGAAGCUGUGCGUGUGGAGCGUUCGAACGUUUUUCCGAGCAGCCCGUGUGUUGUUUUUCCGUGCGUUCAACGUGAGGACGAACGCUUUUCCGCGGCAAAUUUGCACUCCGCUCGCUUGUGCUAAGCAAGGAUAUCGUGAUAUACGAUCAGUGACGGAUGGUUUUUCCAGGCCAUUUUUUGUUUUGGUUUAACUUUUGCUUGUAGUGUAAAGUGUAGUUUUAAUCCUUGCUUUAUUCAACAGUGCAACAGCAAACCUAGUUCAAGUUGAUUUGAAAUUUAUUUACAACCAACAAAAGAAACAACUUAAUUCCUCGUGGCUAACUCGUACACGUGCGUGAAUUGUGGCGUAAAUGAUAUUCCGCUAGUAGAAGUUAUCGAUCGCGUGACAAAGAGAAGAGAAUAGAGGGAAGAAAAGAAACAACAACAAAUGUUAAACCGAAAGUGUGUGCAAAAUAUUGGUGUCCAUAAAGGCCGUUUGUGAGGCAGCAUAAAUCACCACCAAUCUUCCUAUUUUACUUUUCGUUUUAUCGGUGGUAAAAUGUUUCACUUUACUUUUGCUGUGAUGAUUAUGUGAGUGCUUAUGUAGUGCUUCGUGUAUGUGUGCACGUGCCCGUUUGAACAAAGCUAGUUAAAAUUUCACUAAGUAAAGUGUGAUAGUGUGUGAGAAGCGAGUGAAAAAGUUGCCUGUGAAGAACACUUCCUAGCCUCGAAUCGAAGGAUACUAAAAAUAAGGAUAGCAAACGGAGAGUUCUAUCUUGUGGUUUUUUAGUUUGUUUGCUUUGCUUUGCUAUUCUUAAAGACCCGGUUAAAGGUGGUCCAGUUCAGUCCAGUUCAAGAGAUCGUACACAACAGAUCUCCCAGGAACCGAAACACGGCUGACAUUUAAACACAAUUAGAAUUAUAACAUUCAACGAAUCGGAAAGGGUUCUCUCUGGAUCUACACCAUGAGGACGAUAAACAUAGACCGAACCCUGACAGGGCUGAUGCUGGUACUGCUGGCAACACUGCCCUGCACAACCGUUGCCCGAAGCUAUGAAAAGCAAACCGUGCGCAAGGGCAAAUCGGCACAGAUUAUAUCGUCCGCACCGACGAUCACAACGCCACUGAUGGACCUUUGCUCGGAAGACAUCAACAUGAAGCUUGCCUGUCACUGUUCGCCAGAAAGUCACGCCAAAGCGCAGAAAGCUUCCUGCUCCAUCUUUGACGGUGAGUUGCCGCGCAAAGAUUACAACUGGCUCGCGUUUCACACGCAAACCGAGCUGGAGCAUUUGAAAUUUACCGUGCGUAAAUCGGGCAACCUAACGUACAUCCCGUCGGACGUGAUCGCAACGCUGUACAAGCUGCGUACGCUCACGAUCGAGUACGGUAUCAUCGGUGACAUCUAUCCGUUCGCAUUCGGCAACCUGACGGAGCUGCGGGUUAUCAAUCUGCCGAACAAUCAGAUCGUAACGCUACACGGUAACGCAUUCGCGCAUCACAAAUCCCUCGAGGAGUUGAUGCUGGAAAACAACUACAUCAAGAAGAUCGAUCGGGACGCGUUUGUGGAUGUGCCGAAGCUGAUCAAGCUGAACCUGGCGAACAACAGCAUCUUCAACCUGCAUGACAAUGGAUUUGAGGAGCUGACAAAGUUGGAAGAGUUGCGCCUCGAGUCGAACCAGAUCGCUGUGCUGGCCCGGGAGUACUUUAAGGGGUUGGAGAAUUUGAAGAUCCUGAAGCUGUCGUACAACGAUGUGGAAUAUCUGGGUGCGUUCGUGUUUGCUGAUCUGUGGAGCUUACAGAUGCUUUUCCUGGACAGCAAUCGAAUUGAGAAAAUCGACGAACGUGCCUUUGACGGACUGACCAGCCUGAACUAUCUGCAUCUGGAAAACAAUCGCAUCACCACCAUCGACAGUGCCACGUUUACCAGCGUGUCGGCACUCCAGCUGCUCAAUCUGGACUCUAACCGUCUGACCACCAUGACGUACGGUCACAUCGUUCCGCUGAUGGACAAUCUGGUGAACAACAGUGCGCUACUGUCACUGCGUGAUAAUCGUUUGAUCUGCGACUGCCGGCUCUCGUGGAUGUACGACCUGAGCGAUAGUACGCGUAACGAGGAGCUGCGCGAAAGUCUCAAGGGAAUCGAUUGCAUCCUCGGCCAAACGCCCGAGGAACCGACCCGUUCACCGCUGGCCAGCUCGUACGAUUUCGGCCAGCUGGACGAGAACGGUGAAUACAUCGAUGACUCGGCCAGCGAGAAUGAUGCACUCGCUAAGGAGGCACCGCAAACCGUCAACGUGCUAAAGCUGGGCCGCGAAGAACUGCCCUGUCCGGAGGAAUUGGCCGGACCGACCGGUGAUCCGAAUCCACGUGAAUCCAAAGGUUUGUUCAAUCUGUCCUGGAACAGUUCGGCAGCCGGUGAUCGAUAUGGUGGCAGCAUCGGCAGCAGUAGUAUAGUGCUGUUAGCGAUAGUGACCGCCGGCCUCGGUGUAGUACGUAGAACGCUUAGCUGUUAAGUGCGAGGAGAGGAAAUAACUUAUUUUCGUAGUGAGGGUGCGUGUUUCUUUCUCGUUCGGUUAUUUUUCACCCACCCAUUUUUGGAUGAUCACUAUUCACACGUCGAGCAACAUUGAGCAUCCUUCGGCCUUUACUAAAACGCUUUCACUCUCCACACAUCCCCAUCACCGCUCAGUACACCCCUCCUCCCCAUACAAUCCUUAAUACAUUUUUUCGACAAAACACACAAGUACACACACGCACACAUCGUGGAGAGCGGAAGCGAAACACCCUACACCGUGAAUGUAAUAUAUAGCGAAAGUGAGGGACAAUUUUGCCAACCUAUUUCGUAGCGUUUUAGCAGAACACGAUAGAUAAGUAGUGUGUAUCGGUCAUUAGAGGGGACGGAAUGUAUGUUUUCCUUUUGAAAUUUUCUGGUAGAUUUUAGUCAACCGUGGGUCAAUUCAUGCUCACUCUCAAUCAUACAAUCACAAAAUCACAUACCUAAACCCAUGAAGCGCUGCAUUUGAUGAUUGUUUUUCUUGUUCUUCAUUUGUCACAAUGAUAAAACUCCUUCCUCCCCAAAAGAUACUCCGAAGAUUGAUCGAUUGUGCAGCAUCCACGUUUACUGGUUGGGCACUGUAUGAAAAGUAUGGUUCGAUAAGGCAGCUGUUUCACCAUGCUGUAGAAACAGUACAGUAAAUCUGACAAGGGUAACAUUUUUUUCUUUUUUAUAAUAAAAAACAAACAAACAAAUCAGAAAACAUAUAAAUAGAUUUUAAGAUAGAGAGAAAACACUGGAAGACGAAACCCCUUGCAACUGAUACGAUAUAAGAAACAAGAGAGAUGGGUAAAGAAACAUAAAAAAGAGAACAAAAAAAAAAACUAAAACUAAUAAGUCAAUAAACCAAGCGAAACAAACCAAAAGACAGUGAAACCACAGUUUGAAGCAUCGGCAUUUAAAGAAAACGGAACUGUACACCAAUAGGAAAGUGCAACGUGAGAUACGUUACGAUAUGUAAGGAAACGUAAAAGGGGAAUGCAUUUAACAAACCAACAGUAAAGAAAAUCCCGAAAAUCCACUGUAAAAGCCGUGUCGCAAUGUGAAUAAAGUGUGAAGAAGGUGAGAAAAAUAGAAAUAAAAUUUUAAAGUAAGUAAGUAAA